GUCUCCAAUAAAUAUAUCCAUGCUCUGAAUAUAAAACGUCUUUUCCGGUAUUAUCUGUAAAUACAUUUUUACAAAAUGUCAUUAAAGGAAAAUACCGUAAUUACCAUCUUGUGUAAAGAAAACCGCGAGGCGUAACAACCGCUACGAAAAAAGUGAUUUAAUCGUGACAAAACCAACAAUAAUAAUCGAGUCUUGGCGUGAGAAUUGCAAACGAAAAAGACAAAAAGGCAUAAAGUAGGCUAGGAAGACAAGUGCCUCGCGCGCGUUCUUGCCGUCAUUUUAAAAGCAACCGUUUUAGCGAUCGUUCAACCGAGUAAUCAGCCGUAAUCAAUAUUUAAAUUUUUAAUAAAAAUGAUAUGCAUUUACGGAGGUGUUGGUCUUUUUUAGUGUGCCUCGUCAUUGUACUAAUGUAUUACAGGGCCAAUAACAUUGUUGAAAAUCAAAGCGAAAAACCAUCAACGGUUUUAAAAAAAAUUGUGGCGUAUUCGCUACGUAAACAAAUCGAGUUUGAUGGUCAUGAGUUCACAUGCCAAAAUUUAACAUAUAAAAUAAACCAUUCCCAAUCAACCUUUUGGAAUAAGGUGCCGAAUAUGGAAAUUUUUAUAACAUCGGUUUAUUUGGAUUCGAGAUUGGAACCUUAUAAGUAUCUUAGGAUUAUAGCAGCAAAUAAAGCAAAUUUGAAUGAAACAAUAUACUGUCGAAUAAUAAUGAAUUCUGAUCACGUCCUAGUUGUACGAGCGACCGUUAUGCCUAUAUGGUACGAAAAAUGGAAUGCGAAUGACAAAAAUACUUAUUAUAAUCCUGUCUUAAUAUCUUGCCGAGUUCCUGCAUUGAACCUCAUUCCAAUGGGGAUAUCUUUGUCCAAGAAGCCUUGCGAUACCAUUUAUAAAAUGUUUAAUAUUAACAUCCCAAAAGAAACUAAACAUAAUUUUACAGUAUGUAUCAAGCCACUUGAUUUUAUGAAAGACAUUUCUAUGCAUCUUGUGAGGUGGAUUGAAAUUUCCAAAAUUCUCGGUGCCCAAUAUUUUUACUUUUUUAUUAAAAAUGUUACAAAGGAAACAAGAAGAAUAUUAAAUUGGUAUAAAAGUCAGUAUCCAAGAAAUUUUCGUCUGGAAAAUUUCAUACCUAUUGAAACUCAAUGUGAAAAUUGCACCACUAGCGUUUGGCAAAAGCGCAAAUACGAAAUAAUUACUUACAAUAAGUGCUUUUAUAGUAACUUAAAUUCUCAAUAUGUAAUACCUUUAGACACAGACGAAAUAAUCCUACCGAAAACUUAUAAAAACUGGUCAGAUUUAAUCCAAAAACAUGCCAACAAUGUCUCCUCAAUAAUGGUACAAAAUGUGUAUUUUUUCACAAAAGAAAUAGAUUUUUUUAAAGUUAAAUUUCGUACCGCAUCUCCAAACAAACAAGGCGAGAACAGCAAAAGUUUUAUUUCAACAAAAAAUACUCUAACAGUAUUUAACCAUUACUCUUUACACUCAUUACGGCCGGGUACAAUCAGGCACAUUUUCUUGCCGUUUAAAGAUGUGCAAUUAAAUCAUUAUAAGGAGUCUUGCGAUCGUAUGGUACUUCCUGAAUGUAAUCAUUAUGCUUUAAGUCCCACUAUUUUUGAUAAUACCAUUGAUAGGUAUAAGGAUCAGUUUGAUAAGGAGUAUGGAAAUGUGCUAAAAAGGAUUAGAAAAUAUAUUAAAUAAAAUAAUUUUAAUAUU